AUGUCCGACACCUGUAUUGUCUGUUUAGGAGACCUUGGCGAAAGCGCCAGUGAUCCCCUCGCUGUCGAGCCCGUGCCUAGACUCGAUCUCCACGAUGCGGCCGACCCGACGGCUAAGGCGCCUACGCUCGAUGACGAAGAGGGUUCGGGUGAAAUCGCCCAGUUACUACCUUGUGGACAUAUCCUGCACAAUGUUUGUCUGAAGCCCUGGGUGGAACGGGCAAACAGUUGUCCGAUAUGUCGUCGCAGUUUCAAUAUGGUCGAGCUGAGUGACCGGCCGGGAGGUCCUGUCACUUCAUCAUAUGCUGUCCAAGACCGAGUCCAGGUUGCUGAGAUCGAUCCUUCGAUGGUCAUCGACUACGUGGAGGAUGACUUCGUUGACUACCAACCCUGCACGGUAUGUGGCGAGGGUGACAACGAAGAUGUUCUACUUCUCUGUGAUGGAUGCGAUGCUCCUUCCCAUGUGUACUGUGUGGGAUUGGAUGAUGUACCCUCGGGGUCAUGGUACUGCGAGCGCUGUGAGACUCAACGUGCUCUAGAACCUACGACAGAGGCACCAGCUCGGCCACCUCGUACAAAUGAACGGCGGUCCCGUCGUACUCGCGGUCAACAACGCCAGGCACAGAGUAGGAAUCAGAUUAAUUCCCUGCACUGGGCCCGCGUCUGGCAAUCCGUAUGGGACCAUUUGAACCUCGACCUGGACUUCCCCUUCGAUGAUGACCGAUCGGCGCAGCGCGUGAUGCAGCAACGUCGCCGCGAAGAGGCUAAUCAGCGCGAAUUCCGGGCCUGGCAGCGUCGGUUUGAAGUCGCCGAGCGACAGGGUGGUGGUAGUCGCUUUCGCGAUACUGCCUCUCUAUUCGAUAUUGAGCCCGCUCGGCCUUCACGACCUCGUGUGCCCCGAAACCCAACGCCUGAACCCGAAUCUCUCGAGGAGAUGCGGGCUUGGAAUGCAUUUGAAAGGGCUCGCGAGAUCGAGAAUAACCCAAGUGCUGCUCGUAAACGCAAGGAACCGACUCUGUCACCCUCGCCGGAGCCCACGGAGCCACAGCGCAAGCUCAAGCGUCCGCGUACAAGGCGACCUCAAGAGCUCGCUGCAAUGGCUCAACAGAGUGGAGAGUCAUCUACAGCAGCAAGCGCUGGUGCCAGCGGUAGCUCAAACUCCAACGCCAACGUCAACUUGAGCACGAACCCUAACACUCGGCUCAACGGAGAGACCUCGGGCGAACCGAGCUUCUUGUCAUCCCUCUUGAAGGAGGUGGAAUAUGCAUCCACCACAGAUCGCACAACACCGCUUAUGCUGUCAGCUCCAACCUCUAUUGCUCCCACCGAUCAUAUGUCUCCAGGACCUUCUUCUCCAUCUAUUUCCCCCUCAUCAUCCAAUCACUCCUCUCCUCGCCUAUCCUCCACGACUCCGCCUCCAUAUUCUCGCAGUCGACCUAUAUCUCCCCUCCAACUCUCCUCUCCCGCCGAACCUUCUUCACCUCCAUUUUCACCUGAAUUGUCGUUCUCCAGGAGUCCUAUCUCGCCAAGCACAAAUAAAGAGAAGCAAUCACCUCAGCGCGAGAAUAAUCGUGCGCGCUCCCGCAUUCCGCGGCGAACAGUCGAAUGCACACAUCCCAGGUCUGCUGACGCGUCUCCCACUCGUGCCGGGCUUUCUCUGGCGGUCAAAUCCGACAUUCGGGGCAUGGUCAGCAUGGCUUUGAAGCCACACUACCGGUCAAAGACCAUUUCCAGGGAACAGUAUACUGAGACCAAUCGCGCCAUCUCACGCAUGCUCUAUGACCGUGUCGGAACAGUCGAGACGCUCAGUCCAGAAGCCCGGACGGACCUGGAAAACACAGCGAAUUUUGAGGUCCAGAAAACCGUUGGCGCGAUACACAAGAAGAAUAAAGAACACCGACAGAAGUUGAAGCAGAAACAGCCCAUGGCGUCUGCAGACUCGGAUGGUGAUAUACAAUGA